AUGCAUGUCAACAAAGUCGAGUCGGCGCAUGAGGUUGAGAGAGCAGGUGACGGAAGCAUUGUAGGUUUCUGUCUUUCAGCAAUUUCCGCCUACAUCUUUCUUAUCUUGCCAACUAAUGUCCUGACGUACAUCAACGCCGACAUUGAAGUACUGACUAUCGAAGGACCGAGCCCCUACAUCUCAUGGGUCAAUAUCGCCAGGACCCUCGGCCUUUCUUUCUGCUACACCAUUCUCGGUCGCCUUUCAGAUCUCUUCGGUCGAAGAUGGUUUUUUAUCGGCGGAAACUGUGUAGCCCUAAUCGGAAUCAUAGUUUGUGCAGCUGCGCCGAAUGUUAACAGCCUCAUCGUCGGUGCCGCGAUAUACGCUAUCGGCGAGCUGGUGCCAAACAAAUACCGACCCAUGGUGCUUUCGUUUGUCUUCCUAACCAAUGCGCCCAUCGCCACCUUUGGUCCCAUCAUCGGUAUGUUCUGCAUGCCAUCAUACAACGAUCGGGCUGACUCGAUGAUAGCCCGCAAGUUCGUGAACACACCUAGCCUUGGGUGGCGCUGGUGCUUCUACAUCAAUAUUAUCUGCGUUGGCUUAACAAUCAUUUUGCUGUACUGUUUCUAUCACCCGCCCACGUUCGAUCUAUUGCACGAGCGUAAGACUAAAAGACAGCUGAUGAGGGAACUUGACUUAGAUCUCGGGAUCUUCCUAUGGACGGCGGGUCUGACCCUUCUCUUGAUGGGUGUCUCCUGGGGUGGCAACAUGUACCCCUGGAAAUCAGCAGCAACGAUUUCGAGCCUGAUCAUCGGCGCGAGUCUCCUUGUGGCGCUAUUCUUUUGGGAGGGCUAUGCGGACCUGAAAUAUCCUGCCAUCCCGAUCAAGUUCUUCCUUAAUCGUGGCUGGUUCAGCCUGGUCAUAUGUGCGACCGUCGCAAGUUUCAGGCACUGUACACGCGAGAUAUCACAUACGCUGGAUGGCUUUCCCUCUACAGCACUCGGGCAAAUUGUAGCUGGCGCCAUCGUCAAGUGGGGAGGCAAUGUCCGGUACUGGAUCAUCUUCUCGACGUUCGCCAUGGUGGGCUUCGUAGGCGCUUUAGCGUCCCUGACCCCUGAGACGAAGAACACUGGAAUCGCCCUGACCAUCAUCGGUCCUUUCUUUGUUGGUUUUAUUGAAUUAGCAGCUCUGGCCCUGGCACCUCUGUAUUGUAAGCCGGCAGACAUCGGCCUUGCGUCGGGUCUCUUGGCAUCGAUCCGGUCAGCAGGAGGUUCCGUCGCGGUCGCCGUUUAUACGACCAUCCUGGCUAACCGACUCUCGACGACCAUCCCAUCAAACAUCGCCGGGCCAGCGAUCGAGGCUGGUUUACCGGCGGAUCAGCUAUCACAGCAUCCAGACGUGUAUCUGCAAGCCUUGGUUUCGGUGCAUGCCAUAGUCGGUUGCCUAUUCUCGAAGGACGCGCAGAAGCACCUAACAGACCGUGUUGAAAGACGAAUGGGAGAUGGGAAGAGGAAGCCAGAAUUGGAGGCGAAAACGGUUGACGAUGAUCCUCGUCGGGAAUCAAGGGAGAUCCAGGAAGGUGCCUAG